AUGCCCGCCACUUUCGACGUGUCUCCGGAAAAGGAGGGAAGCAUAGUAAACUACUUCUAUGGCCAGCUUACGCAAACUCCAGCUGAAGUCAAAGGAGUCGACCUCGAGGGCCAAACAGCCAUCGUGACAGGAUACAACGUUGGCAUCGGCCUAGAGUGCAGCCGCCAGCUUCUUGACCUCGGUCUCAGCAAGCUCAUCCUCGCUGUCCGCAAAGAGAACAAAGGCAAGGCUGCAGCCGUCGAGCUAUCCACAGGCAGAGACACGCCAGAAGACACGAUUGAGGUAUGGAAACUGGACUACUCCUCAUACGACUCCAUCCGCUCCUUUGUGGAACGCGCGAGGACUCUCAAUCGCCUCGACAUCGCCAUUCUCAACGCCGGUAUCUUGAAGGGCAAGAUGGAUUUCAACCCAGACACAGGCCACGAAGAGACCGUACAGGUGAACUACCUGUCCACCGCCCUGCUAGCGAUCCUGUUACCCCCCGUCAUGAAAGCAAAGAGGUCUAUCCAGCAGAAGGCAGGCCGUAUCACUAUUACGUCUUCGGACGUAGGUGCCUGGGCUGCGUUCAACGAGAGAGACGAGAACCCGCUGUUACCUUCUUUUGCCAGAACAGGCACGACGGAUCUAUUUGAGCGCAACUGCGUUACAAAGCUUUUGGUUCAGCUUUCCCUGGUUGAAUUGGCGAAACGUGUACCUGCGUCUGUUGCUGUAAUCAAUGCGGCUACACCAAUGAUGGUCCACGACUCUCAAAUCAGCCGUGAGACUGCCCAGUCACUCUUGGGCAAGGCAAAAGAAGUGUUCAGGCGGCGGGUGGGCUAUACGGCUGGGGUCGGCUCCCGCAUGAUCACGGAUGCCGCUGUGAACCACGGGGAGGAAACGCAUGGACAAUACCUGGGACUCCAGAAGCUGAAGCCUAUGGCACCGUUCGUCUACACAGCCGAGGGUCGGCGCGUCGGGGAACUCCUGUGGAAGGAGACGCUCGCCGAGUUCUCGUUUGCAGGCGUCGAGGAUAUUCUCAGGGAUAUCGGCAAAUGA